AUGGACACUUUCCUUACGAGAGUUUUCAUUCUAGUGUUAACUUUGAACCAACAGAGAUCCCUCCUUUCACCAGCUAACCCUGAAGACACACCAGUGGACAAGAAGGAGAGGAGGAAAUGGACAAAAUCAGAUGAUGAGGUUGUAAUCAGUGGGUGGCUUAACACAUCUAAGGAUUCAAUUGUUGGAAAUGAUCAAAGGUCCCUCAUCUUCUGGCAACGAGUAGGCCAUUAUUAUAUAACAAGUCAUCAUGCUAUAGAGGGUGGUGACAAGAGAGGGCAUCUCCAUGUUAAGCAAAGGUGGCACAAGAUCAAUGAUCUGACUAACAAAUUCUGUGGGGCAUUUGCGGCUGCCGAGAGACAAAUUAGCAGUGGUCAGAAUGAGAAUGAUGUUCUCAAGCUCGCUCAUGACAUCUUAUACGCUGAUCACAAGACUAAAUUUAUCCUUGAGCAUGCGUGGUGUGUGUUGAGGUUUGAACAGAAAUGGAUUAACCUCAACACACCUAAAGCGACUGGUAGUUCAAAGAGAAAAACGGGUGAGACAUGUUCCCAAGCUUCAAGCACCAAUGUUGGUGAGCAAGAGAUCCGGCCUGAAGGUGUCAAGGCUGCAAAGGCUAAAAGGAAUAAUGGUAAAGGGAAGUCUCUUGAUGAGUAUACGACCAUUUGGGAAAUGAAGAAGGAGGAUUUGGCAAUGAAGGAGAAACUGUCUAAGCUUGCCAUACUAGACACGCUUCUUGCCAAAAAAGUACCACUCAGUGAUGCUGAAGAAGUCGUGAAGAAUAAGCCCUUGGCCGAGUAUUUCUGA